GCUCCAUCCACAAGCAGUCUGUUGAUAACUCGAUCCUUCAUGCAAGGCCCAUUUAUAGCUGCAUAAGUUUUUCACAUAACCGUGACUGAUUCUUGUGCAGGCUACCAUCAGAUUCGCCCGAAGCUAUUACACGCUGCAGACGUCUUAUUCGGACUUGCGCCAGGCUCCGAUUCCGCCGCGGUCACGCUGAACAAUUCUAAGAGCGUUUUGGCAUGUUGUUCUCCUUCCAUGGCUGUUCUCUCCUGGUCGGUAUGAUUCUCAAGCAGAUAGCUCACCACACCUAUCUCUCAGAAUGAAAGUCGUCCACUCACUCGUCGCCUUGCUUUUUUCGAGCAUUGUUUCUGCACAACAGGUUGUCAUAAUGUCACCAUUAGCAGGCACAUCUGUCUCUCCAGGAAAAAAUAUAACAGUCACUAUUGGGAAACCAGACUCACUGUCGGCUUCCGAGGAGGUGGCUGUUGUCAUUGCCAUUCGCUCAUGCGCGCGGGAUCUUUGUGCCCCUCAGGUGGAAGCGCUAGGCGAUAUUCUCUAUAAUGGUCCAUUUAAUCCCCGCACGAACUCCAACCAACCAACCCAAGACUUCAACAUCAGGAUCCCUCAAUCUACGAGCAACGGUAACGCGCUUCUCACUGUCACUCACUUUGCUCUCAUUGGGGCCGGUCCCAGGCCUUGGAUGGAGUUAAAAAAUGUGUCGGUGGUAGUGAACUAGCAUAUUUCGCAGCUUGUGACACGAUUCAUUGUAAUGCAGUAUCACUUCGGCAACUGGGGUACUGCUUGGUGUCUCAUCGCAUUCCUAAGUACCAGGACAGACGACUUCGGAAAGAAAAUCGGCGCA